AUGUCCUGUUGGACUUGGACCUCUCAAUACCUUCGUCGCCGGUCAAGGCCGUCCUGUCUUCAGGUCAUCGCGGUCGGGGCUGUCACCAGUCUGAUCUAUCUGUUCUACGUCUUUGUCGUUCCUCACCUCUAUCGCCUGCGACUCCGCACCGAUCUGUCAACAUAUGAUCUGGGCCUGUACGGUUUCGGUCCUUCUAAGAGCUAUGCCUCGUUUGACUAUGAAUCUCCGGUCGUCGAAAUUUCCGAAUGGGGUUCUGGAUGCGACCCGCGGUAUACAUUCCUGGCUCCUCGCGGGGAUUCGGUCGCCAAUCCGGGCCCGAUGAUCCUUGACGCCGAUGGGGAAUUGGUUUGGGCAAAAUGGAAUUGGGGUACAACGCAGGAUUUCAAGGUCCAACACUAUCGCGGCGAGGAUUUCCUCACAUACUGGGAAGGAGGUCAGGUUGCUGGUCGAGGGUAUGGAACAUGGUAUAUGCUCGACAACACCUACACCCAGCGAUAUACGCUGAAUCCCGUCGGUAACUACGGCGGCGACCUUCAUGAGUUUACCAUCAGUCGGGAUGGAACCGCGCUGGUGUCAGUAUACGAUCCCACGCCCGUGGACUUGACCUCCGUUGGAGGUCCUGAACUGGGCUGGAUCUUCGAUGCCGUUUUUCAAGAACUCGACAUUGAAACCGGCGAACUUCUCUUCGAAUGGCGCGCGUCCAAACACGUUCCUAUCAAUAGCACGUACGAACCUUUGGGUGCCGAAGGACGGGAUCGCCCGUCUGCGUUCGACUAUUAUCAUAUCAACAGCGUCGACAAAACAGACGACGGGAAUUUUAUUAUCUCUGGACGGCACACCCACACGGUCACCUGCAUCGACCGAAACACCGGGGCUAUCCUGUGGACUCUUGGCGGAAAGGCCAACGAUUUCACCGAUCUAUCCGACGGCGACGCGACCGGGUUCGCCUGGCAACAUGACGCGCGCUGGCACGCGAACAGCACCGUGACUCUCUUCGAUAAUUCGGCACACUCGGGAACCGAUCCCGUCAGCGAAAGUCGCGGCCUGGUCAUUCAGCUGGACGUCCCCAACCGCAAAGCCACCCUGCUCGGGGCGUACUACCACCCCCAGCAGCUGCUCUCCACCUCGCAAGGCAACGUGCAGCUUCUAGAUGACACUGGCCGAAUCCUCGUCGGCUGGGGACAUAGCGCCUCUUUCACGGAAUAUACUGCCGACGGAGACAUGCUCUGCAACGUGCAUUUCGCCGCGUCGGCGUUUUUCAAUUUUGGACGCGUGGUGUCCUACCGCGACUUCAAGGGGUCCUGGGUAGGCCACCCGCAGACCACACCGGACGCCGAGGUCAUUGGCGACCAUGUCUACGUCAGCUGGAACGGGGCCACCGAGGUCGUCGCUUGGAGGAUGGAAGUCUGGGACUCAGAUGACUACGACGAAGCCAGCUUCGCAGUGGUUGCGCAGUUCGAAAAGACCGGUUUUGAGACGGAGAUUGAGAUUCCCGAUCUCACUCGACCACUGUUUCGCCUCGCAGCCAUCGAUCGCGACGGGAAAAUGCUCGGUGUUACCGAUGUUGUUCAGAUCGAACAGGCCGCGGAGACAGAUGGCCUUCUCAACCUGCACAGUUGGAUUUUGGGGAUCGCCUUCUCCACCGCCGCGAUGGGUUUGCUUGCCGGGCUCUAUCGAUGCUGGGGGUGUUGUCGGCGCAAAUCUCGGUCGAGUCAGUAUCAUUUAGUUCCUUUGAACGAGAUGGCCGAUCGAUCUCCUGUUUAG